AUGUCACCAAUAACACGUAGCCGAACUAGUCUUCUCCGUACUUGCAAUCCCGAUUUUCCAACCCACUUUGACUUGGAAGCGGCAUAUGUCCAGUCUGUUCCUCGCAUUCAACAAGACGCCAAACAAUAUCUCGAAAUAAUUCUCGACACAUACGAAGUUCGUGAAUUGUACAAUCCAAUUUCUGAAGAAUAUUGGAUUGUUAACAAUUCCGAAGCGUUAAAUCUGGUAGUUUAUUAUAAAAUGAAAAAAUGUUUGUUUAUUAAAUAUAAACAACGUUUUAUCAAUGCCGGUCUUGAAUUGGAAUUUAUGAAACACGGUGGUAGUGGAAUUGGUUGCAAUAAGAUCGGCUGUAGAAACAUUAAUUGUGACGCUGCUAAAUUUGAUUCUGACGAUGAUGAUAACGUUAUUUGUCCAAAUUCUUUAAUGUAUUUUGAUAGUGAUUCUUCGACACCUUAUUUAAGCCGAGGAAUCUCCAUGAGUCGUACCUCAUCAGCUUUAUCAAUGAUUUUUCCUCAUUUCAUUCCUUUUAAAACCGAGGAUUCUACAAGCACUAUUUUGGGUGACUAUGUUAACGUAUCUUUUAAAACCGAUGAUACCGAUAAUAUUGUUACUGAAAUUCAAUCUACCGAGAUUCAUAUCAGUCCACACCUUCAUCAUUCAGAUAGAGCUUUUAAUUGGGUUAAGAAUUUUAUGAAUUCACUUGGACGAGAAAAAAAACUUUCAUAUGUGUUUAUUUGGUUAUUAUUUUUAUUUAUUUUGGGUUACAUUUUUGGUGGGUAUAAUGAACAUAUCGAUGAAAAUUUUGGUACUGGUGUUACUAAAAAAAUAGAUGGUACUGUGAGAGCUCAAGUUCAAGAAUUUGUUGAAAAAGAAAUGUUUAAGAUUUCAGAUACCAAAGAAAAAAAUGACGAUGAUGAUUCCGAUGAUUUGGUUGGUUUGGUUAGGAAACAAUUGAAUGAGGUUAUUCACGAGCAACUCGAAAAAAUGAUGGAUGGUACAAGCGCUGACUAUGCACUUUACACAGGUGGUGCGCGCGUAAUUCCUCACUUAACAACACGUGAUUACGAAGCGUGGCCUACUAAAUCUUAUCAAAUACUGUGGGGACUUCUCACUCGCAAAAAUGUUAUAAAAAGUAACAAGGCUUCAAUUGUAAUAACACCAAGUGUUAACGUUGGUGAAUGUUGGUGUUUUAAUGGAACUGAAGGUCAAAUAGCUAUUCGCCUUUCUCGGAGUAUUGUAGUAACGCAUAUAACCUAUCACCAUAUUGGCCGACAAGUUUCUAUUGAUCCAAUCUCCUCUGCUCCAAAAGAUUUUGAAUUAUGGGUCGUUGAAAACGCGGAUGUGAAUAAAAAAAAGGAAAGAAAAAAUGAUGUUGAAUAUACUGAAGAUUUUGUUCACUUUUUAGGCGAAUAUCAAUAUGAUAUUUCUGGAAGAUCGGCUCAAACUUUUAACGUACCUGAAUCGAUUGCCAUUAAUAAUAAGAGAGUCAGAUCAAUUAUGAUGAAAGUGAAAAGCAAUCAUGAAAAUCCUAAAUUUACUUGUCUUUAUAGACUUCAAGUUCAUGGUAUUAAUCCUCUAUAA